AUGGCGGCGCCUCGCACGUGUCUGAAGGCACUGCGCAUUUCACAAGAAUGCGUGGCAGUGGCAUCAUCGAGAGGCGCAUUACCGAGUCGCCGGGGAUUUUCUUCGAGUCGGUCGAGCAAUUGGGUGUCUGCGAUGAGUCGAGAUGCCAAUAACAGGGAGAAGGGGGCCGCUGGAGUCAUAUCGCAACAAGCAUCCAAGAUUGUCACAGCAAGUAGUCCCUCAUGGCUGCCGUCGCAUCGGCGACCAUUUUCCUCGACUCCGGUGGCCCACCACGGACAUUUGGAUCCGCCGAAACCUGGUGAGGAACGUCGCGUUACAUUUAUAGACAAAGACGGCCAAUCCAACACCUUUGUGGUAGCCGAUGGUGACAACUUGCUCGACAUUGCCCUCGCCAACGACAUCGAGAUGGAGGGUGCUUGUGGCGGAUCAUGCGCCUGCUCGACAUGUCACGUCAUUGUCGAGGACGAAGCCAUGUAUGACAAGAUGGACGAACCAGACGAUGACGAAAACGACAUGUUGGAUCUUGCCUUUGGAUUGACCGAGACUUCGAGGUUGGGAUGCCAGGUCAAGAUGACCAAAGAGCUGGAUGGCUUGGUCGUUAGACUACCGAGCAUGACGAGAAACUUGCAAGCCAGUGACUUCAAGUAG